CUGGUUAUGAACAAUCUGUGCAUAUCAAGUAUAACUCAACGUUCAAGUGCGUAAACAUAAUAAUAAAUACCGGAUACUCUCCUUUAAUAGAAUGAGUAACAUUAGAAUGAACAAUCCUGGUUCAAUCAGGGAUCGAAACUGUCCACCCUCAGAAAAUCGGCAAAGAUUGAACAAUGGUGGGACACUUCUUCCAAGGGGCCCAAUGCCCCCUGUUAUUCGUGCUCCGUUUCUUGGAAUGCCUGUUAACAGAAAGCAAUUCCGCAGAGCAGGUUCCUAUAUAAUUGGACCUGAAGUGCGCAGUUUUCGGCCAGCCCAAUGUUUGCUGCAAUAUAUUGCGAGGAAGCAAAACACAAAUCAUUUUUUCCUCCUGAAGAUAGUGCAACAGUCGACCAGACCUAAUAAAGACCUCCAAGCCAUUUACGACGAGCAACGAGGAAAAGCAAUGCUGCACACAGAAUACUCGCUACUUUCCUUACUGCAAGAUGAUCCUGGAGUAAUAAAGCAACAUGGGAUUUUCAGUGACGUUGCGUACGAGGACAUGAUAAUUGAUAGUGGACAAUGCAUAUACACAGGUGCUGUAGUGAAGCGACACAUUCUUGUUCUUGAAUGUCUUGAGGGACAUCAAUUCUGCGAUGAAUCUACUGCAAAUAUUACCCUUUGCCAAUACCUACAAGCAGGAUACGUUCUUUUCGAGGGCGAAGCACUGUACAUAUUCCAUGCAAUCAUCCAAACAAUAGAGAAUGUUCACGAGAAAAAUAUUGUUCAUCGAGACCUGAGACCGGAAAAUAUUACCUUAAACAGGUUUUCAAAGAGAGUUAAAAUUACCAAUUUUUGGUUAGGUCGCUUUUUAUCCGAUAAGAAUUUAGUCCUUUACGACUCAAGCGGCACACCAAAUUUUAUCUCACCCGAGAUUAUAGCAGGUAAACCGUACAAAGGAAAACCGGCUGAUAUGUGGGCGUUAGGAAUAAUUUUAUUUACGAUGCUUUAUGGGAGGCUCCCGUUCUACAAACCUACAAACCCUGAACUCUUUGAAAUGAUUGGAAAAGGCGAAUAUCAAAUACCAGAAGACAAGGCAAUUUGCUCGCACACAAUAGAGAUUAUCAAAGGACUUUUGAAUGUUGAUCCUGAGGCAAGACUGACAGCUACGCAAGUACGAGUGAAGUUAGAAUCUAUACUGGCUAUGAAAAGAGUUAAAACUCUAGAUCAAUGUGUACCUGAAGAAGAGUCAACGCCCAAACCUGCACAAAAUUCGGAGGAGUUCGCUGAUUCAUCCGAUUACGACCAAGUUGUACCAGUUUUUAUCCCAAAAGACAAACAGAAAUCCGAUGCGCCAUUUGUAUUGAAACAUGAUGAUUUCCACUGCAUCAGCAAUUAUGCAACAGUCAUGACAAACCAGCUACGACGACUGAAGCUUAACGCUGACAUACCAAUUAUCCUGACAAGAAACAUAGUUCAGCCGACUGUAUUCAAAACUCACAACCUUCGCCCAGGGGUGGCACUUCGCCUCGUUAGAACUCAAGGGUCAUCAAAUAUUGAAGUCGUAAUAGAUGAUGUAAUACCUCCAAAUAAAGUUAGAGAAUUUAUAAAAACUACCGAGACCUACCUAAUAUCAAGACCGAUACCAAGGCCAUUAGAGCGUAAUAAAAGAUUCACCGGAAUUUUGACACACUCAGUUGCCGUUGAUUUUUGUCAUUGGAUUACUACAGAAUUCCAGGAUUGUGAUCUCGUUCAGCAAAGUCUCCUCACACCGAAUCAUAAUGUCCUCGCUAGAGUGGAACAUUUUCUUGUACGGUGUGGUUUUAAGCUAGAGAAAGAUAACGAUCAGAAAAAGAUUGCGAAAAUGCAAAACAGCACUGUGCUGUCAAACUUCCUGAGGCAUAUGCUGCAAGCGACUGGUUACACUGGCUGACCCCCUUGAUGCCAAGAUAAAUUCUCAUUUUAAAGAACUUUGAAGGAGGAAGAAGCGAUGUAAUGAAAUGUUGAAACCAAUAUGACUAUGAUAUCUUUAAUGCCAAUUUUAAUAAUAGAUAUAACUGUACAACUUUUACUCAUAAUAACAAGGUAUAAUACUAUAAUACAUGCCAAAUAUACUAUUUUAUUGUUUGUA